AUGGCCACCAACACAAAGCCCGCCAUUGUCAUCUGCCAUGGCUCUUACCACAGUCCUACCCCAUAUGAACCCUUCAUGGAGAAGCUACAGUCCCAAGGAUUUGAAACGUACUGUCCGCACCGGCCAACUUGUGAUCUCAGCAAGCUCAACGUGGGUGAUGUAGACCAUCCAGAUUUCGACCUCGGGCCUCCAGCAGAGGGCUACCCUACCGACACGGAUGAUGUGAAUGUUGUUGUCAAACUUCUGGACAAGCUAGUUAACGAAGGCGGGAAGCUUGUUCUGCUAGUGGCACAUUCAUCCGGUGGCUGGGUUGCAACCCAGGCAGCCAUACCAGAAUUGCAAGCCAAUUCUCGUCGGAGCGAAGGUAAGACAGGAGGCCUGAUUGGUAUAUUUUACAUGGGGGCUUUCGUUGUCCCUGUCGGCGAGUCCAUUCAUAGUUUUUUCCAGCCGAAAGAUGGCAUCACCUUUGUUCCGCCAUUUAUGCGAUUCCACACAUGCUGGCGUUAUGCCCAAGAGCUAGUGGAUAUGAUAAACUGGUAG